CUUUGUUAAUGUGAAAAUUCAAGCACGUGGAUACUACUCAACUGUUUAUACAGCACAGUGGAAACCCAUACUGAAAAGAGAUGUAGCAAAUGAUGGAUGGAAAAGAUAUGAUAAUUUAAGUAUAACUGUUUCAUUAAAGGAAUUACAUGCCACUAGGUUAAGUGAUGAUUUUUUGGAGGAGAAUCCCGUAACAAAAAACUAUGUCAUAGUAUAUAAUGAACAUGAAUAUAUUGAAAAUACAUUAAAUGUCUGGUAUUGUGAUAAGGUGAUAUCACCAAUCACUAAACUAAGACAAUUGUACCAAAUCACAAGAACAUUAAAAUCCCUCCACAGUAAUGACUUAGUAUAUAAGAAUUUACAUGCAGGCAAUAUUUUAUUAGAUGUGUUUCACAACAUUUACUUUACUGAUUUUGGAAUAACGCACCCGUUCUAUAGAGACUCGUCAAUAACAACAACUGCAUCAUCAUCCACAACUGUAUCACCCACGCACGUCUAUGGAGUGUUGCCCUAUUUAGCGCCAGAAAUUUUACAUGGUGAACCAUUCACAUUCGAAUCUGAUGUUUAUGCAUUUGGCAUAAUUAUGUGGCAGAUCCUACAUCAAGAGAAGCCUUUAAGAUAUCGUGCGCACGAUCAAAAUUUAGCAAAGGAUAUUUGUCUUGGAUUACGACCGAAAAUUAUUUCAAGUUUGCCUAGAACAUUGAUAAAUUUGAUUAUAAGGUGCUGGGAUGCUGAUCCUAAGAAAAGACCCACUUCUACGGAAUUGUUCGACGAUCAUUUUGAAGUAAUAUUUAAGAAUUAUGUUAAAUUAGAUAACGAUCUGUGCAAUUAUUUACUCGAUCACGAGGAGCUUGAUGAUGGAUUAGAAAUGUUCAAUAAGCAUCUAUAUAAAAGAUUACCUUAUCUUCUACAACUUAAAGCAGAUCCUAAAGCAUGCUAUACUUGUAAAAUGUACAGCUUUGAUGAUUUACCGGAUCCUGUGAAUUCUUCUAAAACAGAACAUUUAGUUGACAGAGAAGAAGAUUUAGAAGAUUAUCCGUUUUUGCUUGGGGAAGAGUCAAUUGAACCUAUAACUGAUUUGAUUGAAGAGGAGAGACUUAUAUUUAGAUCCGAUAGACAAAAAAAAACUGGUAUUUUAGAUGAGAUAAGAAAAAGAAAGUUCAAAAUCGGACAUAAAUAUCAAUUGGGCCUGUCUUCUACUGAUAUUGAAUUUCUUGGUGUGAGCGAGAAGGAACUAGAUAGAUGUCCAGAAGUGUCGCCAUCACCACCAUCAUUAUCAAAUAUUAAAAGUGAUGUUUAA